UUUCUUUUCUUUUUCGGGAAAGAACGGCGCAACAACGCACUGUCAUGGCUUCCACAGUCGCAACUCCGCUGGUCACCACGGUAGAGUUCAUGCCUCGAGCAGCCUACGAGCCGGCAAAGCCGGGCGAGGAGGACCCUUUCCGCCAUCGGUCCGCUUCGAACUCGCACAAUCACCAUGACCUGCAUCCGUGGGGUCCCGACGUCGUCGCUGGAUCGCGCGAGUUUGACGCUCUGUACGCCGAGGCCAACAACCAGUACAUGUACCACCUGUGGUACUCGGACGCUCUGACGCCCUUCAUGGCCACGCGCGUGCUCAGCAUCGCGCCCAUCAAAGACGACCUCCUAAACACGCUCCAGGAAGUCCUCAGGAUUGUGCUCGAGUCGGGUGUCGCGGCCGCCCUCUCCUCGGCCCCGGGCCAGCUGCUGGUGGACUCGAUGCAGCGCAUCCUCGACUCGGCCACCGCCGGAGGUGAAUCCGGCCCCAUCUUCGUCCGCCUCGGUGCCACCUCGUUCAAGGACAGUUUUGACGUCCAUGAACCCAGCACCAAGCCGGCUCCACUCCAGCCGCGCGAUGCCGACAUGGUGGUCCGCCGCAUGCUGACCAGCGGCCGCGUCGUCGGCCGCCUCCUGGCGCUCAGCGAGCGUGUGUGGCAGGCCGAUCCGGGCGAGGCUUUUGUGAUCCAGCAGUGGUCCCAGGAGAUCGACAUGCGGCGCGAGGUCCGCGUCUUCUGCUACCGCGGCCGGGUCACGGCCGUCAGCCAGGACGCCUUCUGGAAGAAGCUGGGCUGGCGCGAGCAGUACUCGCACGGCUUCGCCCAGGCCAUCCUCGACCUGUGGGACCGCGUCCGGGGUUUCCUCCCCUUCGACACAUGCACCAUGGACCUGCUCAUGACGCCGCCCGGCAACACUACGGGCUGGAAGGCCCGCAUCAUCGAGUUCAACGGCUUUGGUACUCACCUCAACACGGGCAGCAGCCUGUUUCACUGGGUCAACGAUGCUGACAUCCUGCUGGGCGAGCGGGCCGGUCUCACCAUCCGCUUCGUCGACGACUGGGAGGAGGACGGACCAACCGCUCAAGAUGAGGUCGUGGCCGUCGCGGAACUGGCCGAUGAGGCGCCCGACUGGCUCGAGCUGGAGAGGCAGCUGCAGGGCAAGUAUUCCGACGCUCACAAGUCGGAGCAGCGCAAGGAGAUGGAAAACGCCGCUAGGCUUCCCCUUCGUGGUCGCUGGUGCAGCGCUUUCUGAAUCUGCUUCCCGCGUGUCAAAAUCGAGAUUGAUGAUAAGCAGCCGUGUAUGGAAUUAGUGUGUGCUCUCCCCCAAGUCUGGGUGGGACCAAGAGAAAUCAAACAUUUCCUUGCUACACAGUUUCCUCUCUCUAUACUGUGCCACGGAGAUCCAACUCCUGAUUCGUAAUUAUGUGAGGUAAUUACUUGGCCAGUUGACAUCAAUUAAGCAAAGACUAAUUAAAUAUUCC